GGGUUUCCCUCUGGAUUCCCUUUCUUCGAUGAAGUGAUCCCUAUGAAUCCAGUCCUAUAAGCUUCGUGGAUUUGGGGUUGGUUGCUCGCCGGCCGUCGUACCGAUCCGAACAAAACUCAACUUUCUUCCACAAGUGGUCAACAUCUGUUAGUCAUCUCCCAACGAUGAAAUCACCAACAAAAGUAGCUCGAGGGCUCAGCGCAGAUCCUCAACCUGCCCGCGUUACAAAGGCUCCCACGCCCAACCUCGUCCGAGAGGUGCUCGCGCGCGCCGACAACACCAACACUAACACGGUGAGCCCUGAGCUCUGCGGCUUCCUGGAGGGUACCUCGGCGUACAAGUGCCUGGCCGGGUACACGUGCAAGUUCAACACGGAUCUGAACGUGGUCGGGUGCUGCGAGGGGGACGAUUGUCUAUGGCAGACAUCAUGUUGCGACUACAACCCCGGUCCUGAGACCGCAACUUGGAGCACCUUUACGUCAGAAUGUGGCGGCCUUAACUUCGACCAAGUGGGAUACUGUGGUGAAGAUACACCGUUUUGCGGAACGCGCCGCUUCGAGAAUGGCAUGACGAAGUACUACUGCACGGCGGAUAAAGAGAUCUUGACAGACUAUGUCAACUUUACGUCGGCUGGAGAAACGACGGCCCAACUUGGACUCCCUCGAUUAACAGGCAAAAACGGUCCUGCCCCGGCGACCAUAUCCUCCUUUUCCACAAGCGGAUCACUCAUUGGCGAGACAGUCACGGUGCGAGUGACGGAAACAGCAUCAGCAUCAGCAUCGGCAGGCAGCGGUAGCAGCACCCCAAGUGCCGGCGUGAUCGCGGGAAGCGUGGUUGGCGGCGCUGUAUUCGGGGCCUUGAUGACCCUUCUCGCCGUGCUCUUGACAGGGUACUUUAGGAAGCGAGGCCAUCUCAAGGGCAUGGAGCCGGUUCCUACCGCUCAACCCUCGGAGCUGCGGCCGCCAUCAAAUGGCAGAGCAGCCACUCCGGUCCCGGGCAGCAUGCCAAUCAUGGCGCCGAUGCCCUAUCAUCCAUCACCCCUGAGCGCUCCCGGUUCACCACCACCCCCUAAUGGACCGAAGGACAACAGCUAUGUGCAGUAUUACGAUCCUGCCCUCAGCACUACGUCCUCGCCGCCGCCCCCGUCAGCGAUAUCCUAUGCGCCGCAACCACUACUAUAUAACCCGUCGAUUGCCUACGGACAACAGCCCUAUGCGCAGCUGUCACAUCCGCAACUGUCACAGCCGCUGAUGGGCACUCAUGAAGCGGAUUCGUGCAACAUGAGUCCCCAUCCCAGAUAAUGAGCUUUCUGAUCAUGCCAGGUGACAGCGAAAGGAUCAACUACAGGGGACCAUAUUUGUCUACUUCAUACUUGGCAGGCUUACGAUUGGAUAUAGACAGCCUCCUCCAACCUUUGUGCUGGUUGGGGCGGUAUGAUAAGACCGGCGUUUGACUUUAUGUAUUGGGAUUUGGAUACCC